GGCUCGAAAAUUCAAAGAAGCUGUUUAGUGUAACCAGUCUGGUUGACCAGUGGUCAGUUCACGGAGUGCGGAACUUCGGUGUAAACGGUUGAUAAAAGGUCGUUCCGAAGGUUGUUCAGUUUCGACUUUCUUCGUUUCAUUUCUCGUAAUCUUUACCCGAGUAGCGAGUGCGGCGACCGGACAGGAUUAACGAAUGAUUUUGUGUAAUUCCAAAAUUUAGUGGAACAAGAAAUUUUUUUAGUGAACGUGAUUUGUUCGAGUCAAGGAUUGACCCAGUCAGUUCGUCAGGUGUAUUCGGUAAUUUUAACCAAGAAAUGGUUGCGCAACUCCUUAAUUAAAGUUCGAAGACCUGAGGUCAAGAUGUCGAUAGACCGGCGCGUGAUUUGCUGCCACUGGUGGGUCACGGCCCUCGUGAUCUUCGUGACAUUCGUCGUCGGCGGUGUUUCAGGAUGUCAAUUUUACCCGGUCGGAGAAUAUCUGAAGUUUGUAAGGUUGCCGGAGAAUUUACCAAGAGGGCACGAAAUUCUUACCUUGGAAGUUCAUCCCAGGAAGCAUAUUGCUAUAAUGCCAGUUGACAAGGAACAAGACGCGAAAUAUUUCACCUACAAGGAAGUGAACAGAACACACGUGGCUGUUGUUCUCGCCCAUUCGUUGGCGGAUAUCGAUGACGCCGAAACUUCGCGAAAUUUACUUAAAUUUCGGGUUUCAUGCGACGGCAUUGGCAACGGCAAUUCCCAGGUGACAUCGCACUUGUCGGUAACAGUUUACGUUGAAAAUGUUAACAAUCAUUCGCCGCUGUUUCUCGACGCUCCGUACCACGCAACGAUCGAUGAGCUGACUCCCGUUGGUCGUACUAUAUUCCGCGGUAUUCGCGCCGUCGAUAAAGACAAACCGAAUACACCGAACAGCGAGGUUCACUACGCGAUUGUUCGCGGUAAUGAGGAGGGCAAGUUUUCUUUGGAGGCUGGCCACAGGGCGGAACUUGUACUCAGAAAACAGCUCGAUUAUGACGCGGGCGAUCACGAAUUCACCCUCACCGUUAUGGCGUCCGAUCGGGGUAUACCGACCAAAAGCAGCAACACGACGGUCACGGUUGUUGUAAUGGACAACGACGAUAUGAAUCCGAAAUUUACGCGUGACGUUUACAGGACGAAAAUAUACGAGUUUUAUCCGAUGACCGAUCGACCGAUACAUCAAGAGUUGAAUUUCACACCUCCGAUUCUCGCGGUGGAUCAAGAUCGAGCGAUCAACGCGAGGAUCCGGUACGAUCUGACGGCUGGGAACGAACGGGGUUUCUUUUAUUUGGAUCCGGAUAACGGGUCGUUAUUUUUGGAGAAAGGGGUAGACCUGGACGCCGAAAGAAACCUACCUGGAAACACGUUCUCCCUGCAGAUUCAAGCAUCCCAAUCGGACAAUCCUCUGAGGACCAAUUUGGCCCGGGUAGAAGUCGAAGUUUUAGAUUUAAACGACAAUUUGCCGGAGUUCGAAGUCGACUUUUACAACAUAAGCAUAGUGGAAAAUUUACCCAACGGGUUCAGCGUUCUCCAGGUAAUCGCCUCGGACAAGGACCAGGGUGAAAAUUCCGAUUUUCACUACGAGCUACAAGACGAUUCCGGAGCUUUCGCGGUGGAGUCGAAAUCCGGCUGGUUGACCGUUCGCGAUCAGACCCGCCUCGACAGGGAGCGUCGGGGUUCCCUGAGGAUGCGUGUACUGGCGCGCGAAAGGGUCCCCAGCGUGGUCAAGGACUCGAACGGCUCCUCCGCGGUCGAAGUCGAAGUCACCCUAUUGGACGCGAACGACAAUAACCCGACAUUCGUGCCUACCAAUCUGUACGAAUUCGUGGUGGCGAAUGACGCUCCUUCGGGAACGGUGGUGGGACAAGUCAAGGCGGUCGACGCCGAUCUAGGAAGAAACGGGAUGGUUCUCUACAACCUUCAGAAACAAGGGAACAAUUCCAACGUCCAUACGCCGUUCAGGGUGGAUCCGAAUACCGGAAUUAUAUCGGUCGGUGAGACGCCGAUAAUCGACGGUAGGCACGCGAUCUUCGUAGAGGCUGUGGAUCAGCCGGCGAAUCCUAGCGAAAGGCGAUUUUCAUUAGCGGUCGUGACUGUGGAAGUAUUUCGCUCCGACAAGGAGAACCUCGACGGUGAGCCGGAUUUUAUCGGGGCGCCUUACGAAUUCUGGGUAGGUGCGAACGUUGGGAUCGGCACGAGCGUUGGACAAAUUCGAGUUAACGAGGCCAUAAUGAAGGAAGACCUUGUUUACGAUCUCCUGCACAGUUAUUACGAAGGAGUGCCGUUCGCCGUCGAAGAGCGUUCUGGAACCAUAACGGUGAUAGAUGAAAUCGAAAAGUACGACAGAUCGUUGUACGACUUCGAAGCCCAGAUAACGGACGAGCAUGAUUUCAUCAUGGUAACGAACGUGUCCAUUCACGUGGUCGAUCCGAACGACGAACGAGGAAUAUUCACCCAGAGCACGACGAAACCGCCGCUGGUUUUUCACGUUAAGGAAAAUUUGCCCGGUGCGUUCAUAGGUCAAAUCCUACCUCGUAACGGGACAAAUUCUACGCGGAAUAUUCGUUUCCUCAUCGCCAAUCAACAGGACGUUCCGGAUAUCGCUGUUACCGCAGAUGGGACUCUGUACACACCGAAAGGUCUCGAUCGAGAAUUCAGAGAAAAUUACAGUAUCACCGUAGUCGCCGACAACGUGAGGGGCGUCGGAAUCUUUCAAGAGGUGUACUUGUUUCAGGUGACUGUAAUAGUCGACGACGAGAACGACAACGCCCCCGUAUUCGAGGUCCUCUCGUACGAGGGCUACGUACAGGAAAACAGUCCGGUCGGUACUGAGGUGACGUUGAAUCGGCACGUUCAGGCUCGCGAUCCCGACGAAAACGGCGGUCAGAGUUUCGAGAUAAGUCUCCAUGGAAAAGGAAGCGAACUGUUCACGAUCGACCAGGUAUCCGGGCGUAUAUUUUUCAAGGGAAACAAUCGGGAUCUCCUUGACCGAGAGGUUGAACCAGUUUACAACCUGAGCUUGGUGGCCAGAGACAAGGGUAAUUUACAUACCGAGGCACAAUUAAUCGUGACAAUAACCGACGAGAACGACAACGCUCCGAAUUUCACUCAAAUGGUGAUACUCCCCGAGCAGGGAGUCGACGUGGCCAAAAACACGGGCGAAGAAAAACUCGGGGACGAGUCGAGGUGGACGGGGACGGAGCGUAUCGCGAACAAGAAGGGGGACGAUAUCGAGGCGCCGCUUUUAACGAUACCGGAAAACGUAACCCUUGGAAUUCCCGUCAUUAGAUUGGUAGCGUCGGACAAGGACGAGGGAAUCAAUGCCGAAGUUUCGUACGCUAUAGCGAACGAGACGUACGCGGAGAAUCAAUAUAGCGUUAUUCAGAGCCCGCAUUUCGUGAUAAAUUCCCUCACAGGGGAGGUCUCGGUAUCUCGGAGUCUCCCCGCUGCCAGAGAGAUCGUUCUGGUGAUAACGGCGACGGACGCAGGUGGUUUGUCCGACAACGUUACCCUCAGAUUCCACGUCGAGGACGUCAACGAUCACGCCCCGUCGUUCAAGAAAUCCUGGUACCUGUUCAACGUGCCGGAAGGAUCGUACGAAGAUCGCGCGGUCGGGGACGUCGAGGCCAUCGAUUCCGAUCACGGUAGAAACGCGAACAUCUCGUACAGCCUGGCACCGGGAACCGGGAGAUCCCUACCCUUCGCGAUCGGCGAGUACACCGGAGUCCUGAAGGUCACCGGUGAAUUGGACAGGGAGUCCGUGGACGUUUACGAAUUCAACGUGGUCGCCGAGGACCGGGGCGUCGAUCCACUCAGCUCGACGGUUCUCGUUCGAGUGAACGUCAUGGACCUGAACGACAAUCCACCGAUUUUCUGGGGCUUCGACGAGCUCCGGGAAUACGCGGACAACGGAGUGGACCAGCUUCCCCUGCCGGUUUACAAAGCGUCCGUCAGUGAGAACAGCCCGAUCGGAACGGUGGUCGCCAAACUUUACGCGAACGAUUCGGAUUUGCUUGGCAACGGUAACGGGCUGAUACUAUUCGAUAUUCCGCGUCGACGCGAGGAGAACAAGUAUUUCACCAUAGACAGCAAGGACGGACUGGUUUCCACCGUCGGAAAACUCGACUACGAAGCCCAGGGUUUGCACAACAUCACGGUGACCGCCAGCGACCUCGGAUCCCCGAGUCUCACCUCCACCGCGAUGCUACUCGUGAACGUCGUGGAUCUCGAGGACGGCGGUCGCGAUCUUCGUAAGCCGGUUUUCCAGCACCGUUAUUACGAAGUUGAGGUCCAAGAGAACAGUCCCGUACCGUUGAAACUCGUUCAUCUGAACGUGUCGGACUCUUUUAACGCUCACAAAGUACGUUACGCCAUUUCAACCGAGGACGACGAGUUGACGGAGCGUUUCUCGAUCGACCCUCAGAACGGUACGGUCUUCCUGGUGAAGCCGCUCGACCGCGAGACCAAAGAUCUUUACGAGAUCAAGGUCAGAGUUGACAGGGUCAAGAACGGAAGAGGCAUGCAGGCGAUGAUAUAUCCCGUACUGGGCGACAGACUCAACGGUCUGGAGCUGAACGAGGCUAAGAUUGUUGUUAGGGUAAAGGAUGUCAACGAUAACGUACCCCGUUUCAAAACCAAAGGUCGACCGAUGCUCGCCGCUAUUCCAACCACGGCGCAUUACGGAUAUGAAAUUAUUAGAGUCGAGGCUGAGGACCCGGACGAGGGAGUAAACGCCGAUAUUCGCUAUCAAAUUCUUGGCCGAGAAGAUGCGCCAAGAUUCGCCAUUGACCCACUCAGUGGUCAAGUGCGCUCCGUGGGUAGUUUUUCCCGAGACGCUGGCCGCGUAUUCGGUUUCGAUGUCAAGGCUACGGACAGAGCCGGUGCCGAAGACGGAAGAAGCAGCAUAGCGAACGUUUUUGUUUACGUUCUGGACGAUCUCAAGCAAGUCGUUAUGGUGAUGGGCGACCGACCAACGGACAUCGAGAGACAGAUAGAAAACAUCACUUCUGUUCUGCACAACGUUACCGGUUACGACGUCAGAGUUAGAAAAUUAGAACCGCACAUCGAGAAGAACUUGAUCGACGCAGGCUCAACCGACAUGUACCUCUACGCCGUCGACCCACAUUUGAACGUCAUGAUAGACAUGGACACCCUGCACAGCGUAUUCCACAAUAAGAAAUCUGAGAUAAAACGUGAGUUGGAAAAAUACCAUGUACUGGAUAUCGCUGGGAAUCCACCUAGACGCAACAGUCAAAGAUACCUGUUAUCCACGCUCGAGGUGGGCGUCGUUGUUCUCGGAUGUGUCGUCUUCGUGGGUGCACUGGUUACGGCGCUCUGCGUCGCCUGCGUAAGAAGAAAUAAACGGCAACGCGUCGACGAUCCCGAUGCAACUAACUCGCCGCGAACCCCGUGACAUUGAUUAUCGCAAGGUCGAAUCGAGAAUGCACGCGGGGAGAACUGAUCGCGUAUCUUCCUUAUCCGCAACGCUAGAAACGCGACGUUUGUUUGCUCGUUUAUUUUCUAUCUUUUUUCCCCACAUAUUUUUUUUUCGUUCGAAGAAUCGACUGCGGCGUUACUCGGCUCGUUGUAUCCGCUGCGAUGUCGUACGAUCGUUCGUAUGCCCAGAGAAAAAAGAGUUUUUCCACUCGCCGUUGAAUCUCGGAAAUGAAAUAGAUCUCAAUGUCGGGGUAAUAAAACUGAACGGCUGAUUAAAGCGCGAAAAUAUCCCCGUGGCCUUUCCACGGGUUAUGGGUGCAUUAAAUUUUUGAACGCCACGAAUCUUGUCAUCGACAAACUCGACUCGACGCUUAUCUCACAAUCGACGGGGAAGAUUUGCGAAUGAAAAAAAAAAAGGUCACCAUCGAUCAUGGAAAGUUUUUAGACGUUUCCGACAGCUUUUACUCUCGCUUCGAUAUUUCUCUCAGCUCCUUUUUCAUCCUAGAUAACUGUACAGGUGUGUAAGUAGAAUGAAAAUUUUCUAGUGAGAUUCAGCCAUUUGAAUUUAAGCCAUAAAAUAAAGAUCAAUUUCGUUAAUUAAUGUUAAACGAUCUGUUGUGUUAUUAAAUAAUAGUUUUAAAUUUUUUUUACGUACUCAAGUGAUUUUUGGACAUAGUGUACCUGUAUAAUUCGUGUGCGAUACGAGUCGAUAGAAACAAUGAAAUUGCAUGUGUUAGACGUUAUUAUAAUUCUACUAAUAAAAUCACAUUUUACGAAUACAAAAAUGACAAAUAUUUUCCAACGCUAUACAUGGUGCAGUAUGUUCAAAAUUAAUGAAAAAUAUACGUGUACAUCUCGCUAUAAACUGGACUAUUUAUCACGGAGUUUUUAACCCCGUAUCCUUUACUAACACGCUCGUUUAUAUUUAUUGUUGCUUGCUUUUGGACUCUCUGUGCCAUGUAUGCCUAACUGUACUUUAUUUGUUUGACCCAACAACGGUCCCCCUCCACCAGACCCCUCAAAAGAAUUUAAUUAAUUACAGAUCGAACUAAUAAUCCGAUAGAUAAAUAACCAAUUUGCAUUUCUCUUGUUUGCUCGUAUUAUAAUUUACAAUUUCAACUACCCCUGGAACGGAUAAGGGAAAGCUAUUGUAUUAUUUUGUAAAAUUUGCAUCGACGCUGCGACGGCAGGAUGUGUCUUUCUUUUUUCUUUUUUUUUUUUUUCGCUUUUCGGUUCAAUUUUGUUCGCGUUAGCAAAAUUCUUUUACCAAUAAUCCCCCCCCCCACCUCGUUUACGAUCCGAUAUCACCCGUCGGAUUAAUCGAACCAAGUUGGCCGAUUUUAAAAAAUGUUAUUCACCCGUCAAUGAUUGAUAGUUGAUGCGGCUCGCGAGCUUUUUUCUCAGACAUUCUGUCACUUGAAAUUGCACUCGCGCGGUGAUUGAUGUGUAUGUAUCUGAAAUCCGCAGCGCGCAUUUUAAGCCAGAUAGACGCCGAGUCGCGCUGUAACGCUCAAUUCGUUGCCUUCUGACGUUGCGUUAAUUUUUUUUAUCUUAUUCUUCUUUCAUUACGUCUUGCAUCAGAAAGUUGAUGAAUUCAAAAAUUUGCAAAUUCCCAUAAUUAACUUUUUAUCCAGGGUCCGCUCUACUCCACCCCAAAAUAACCCUUCUGCACCGUCCCGUUUUGAUCCUCGAAAAUUGUUUUCAUCAAAGUGAGAGGAGGGCGAAUAGCGAAAAGUCUACGUAAGCGGCAUGCGGGCUCACAAAUGAAAUUUAGAAGCUUAUGAAAUUUG